UUCUGGUUUCUUUUCUGGCAUAUCCUGGGACACCUAUGAACCGUGGGGCUUCACUCUCGCUGUCUUUAAGUGGACAGUGCGCAUGCACCAGCUUCCUCUUUUUCCGGCUGGAACCAUGGAGGGUGCCGAAGAGAAGAAAAAGAAGGUUCCUGAUGUGCCGGAAACCCUUAAGAAAAAGCGAAGGAAUUUCGCAGAACUAAAGAUCAAGCGCCUGAGAAAGAAGUUUGCCCAAAAGAUGCUUCGAAAGGCAAGGAGGAAGCUUAUCUAUGAAAAAGCUAAGCACUAUCACAAGGAAUAUAGGCAGAUGUACAGGACUGAAAUUCGAAUGGCUAGGAUGGCAAGAAAAGCUGGCAACUUCUAUGUACCUGCAGAACCCAAGUUGGCAUUUGUUAUCAGGAUCAGAGGUAUCAAUGGUGUGAGCCCAAAGGUUCGAAAGGUGUUGCAGCUUCUUCGCCUUCGCCAGAUCUUCAAUGGCACCUUUGUUAAGCUCAACAAGGCUUCAAUUAACAUGCUGAGAAUUGUGGAACCAUAUAUUGCGUGGGGAUACCCAAACCUGAAGUCAGUGAAUGAACUGAUCUAUAAGCGUGGUUAUGGCAAGAUCAAUAAGAAGCGAAUCGCCCUGACAGAUAACACUUUGAUUGCACGAUCUCUUGGUAAAUAUGGCAUCAUCUGCAUGGAGGAUCUGAUUCAUGAGAUCUAUACUGUUGGGAAACGCUUCAAAGAAGCAAAUAACUUCCUGUGGCCCUUCAAAUUAUCUUCUCCACGAGGUGGAAUGAAGAAAAAGACCACCCAUUUUGUAGAAGGUGGAGAUGCUGGCAACAGGGAAGACCAGAUCAACAGGCUUAUUAGAAGGAUGAACUAAGGUGUCUACCGUGAUUAUUUUUGUAAUCUGGUCAGUUAAUAAAACUGUAACUGCUUUCAAAUUGAGAUAUUGUAUUGGUGACUUUUUGUUAACCUGCCCCUUCCCUUAAGUAUUAUGGCAAAUUUUGGUGUAUGAUAAAAUUAAGCCAAAUAAACUUCCUAUUGUGUGUAAACCUAGGGUCCAGUUUGUAUCUUAUGGAAAAACUUUACAGAAAAAAAACUUGGCUUCUGAAUUGUGGCAAGAUGUGUUGUUUCCUUUUAAUAAAGCGUAUUUAUCCACGUCUCGCA